ACUUGGCUUUUUUAUACACAAAAAGAUAAAGGAUGAUAACCUAGAGAAACUUAACAUCAACCAUGACAUGCAGUUUGUUGAUAAACAAUUUAUUAUUCUCGCUAAUGAUUCAUUUGGCUGAUUCAUUGAAUUUGAAUGUUGGUAGUUCCCCCAUUACGUGUCCCCCAUCACAUGGAUGUGAUCAUGACUGUCUGGUAAUAAACAACGAACCUCAAUGUUUCUGUCAUACUGGAUACACAUUACAGACAGACGGACAAUCCUGUAAACCUGUCAGGAAUAUCCUGGGAGAAUCUGGUGUAACGUUCACGACUAAUCCACCAGUACAGAAAGCUCCUAUGAAAUUAUCAGAGAGUUUGCCUUUAGAAACAGAAGGAUGCCGAGGGGAUAUGUGUCGAAAAUUUAAAUCUGGCUCAGCAGAGAUCCCGACCCCAGAUUCGUGUCCACCUAGCUUUCAUUCAGUUGUCACAGACGAUGUGACAGUUUGCGUUCGCUCAUCAAAGAUAUUGAAGGUGAAUAAGAAACCAAUAAAGCUUUCAAACGAAAAUCUUCAACACAAACCGAAAAUAUCUCACAGACUUCUCAAUCGUGGGAAUCAGAAAGUAAAGAAAGGAAAUCUGACGAGACCAGGCAAUACUCCUUUUCAAAAUAACCAGCAUUCACUUAUAUUUCGAAAAUAUACCGAAAAGAGAGAGCAGCAAAGAUGUCAAAAUGGUGAAGUUUUAAUUAAAACACUAGAGGGUGAGAUUUGUCGUAGUGAAUGUGGGCCUGGUCAAACAUUAAGUGAACAAAAAGGUAUAAGAAAGUGUGUAAACUCUCCAUCCAAAAUCAUGGUCGCCAUUUGUCCAGAAGGUGAAAUCCCAACACAGACGACUAUCGGCGUUGUGUGUGAAAAAAGUAGUGAUGGAAACAGACAUCAAGGCAUACCUCUGUGUGAACCGGGCGAACGCCUGGUCCAUUUACAAACUGGCCCGGUGUGCAUCCGGGCAAAAUCAAGACGUCCGAGUUGUACAGAUGGACAGGAGCUGGUAAAAUUAGGGAAAGAUUAUUAUUGCAUUUCGCCAAAUGCCGAAGCAAAACCGAGGUGUUCUCCUAUGGAAAAGGAGGUACACACAGAUCAUGGAGUAGAGUGUCGACCAAACCCUUGUCCUGAUGGUUUUAUUCCAAUAAAAACUGCAAUGGGUACAAUUUGCCAAUAUGAUUUAAAAAGUAUCCCAGCACCUCAGAAGCAGGAAACGAGAAGAAACUGCGCUCCUGGACAGACCUUGGUGUCUACAGAAGAAGGAGAUGAAUGUUGGUUCGUGUCAAAAUCAAAUAAACCUGACAUUUCAUGUCCUCCUGGCCAAGUGUUGGUAGGAGGUACCACGUGUAAAGACCCUGCAUUGAUAUCCCCGGACGAAGUAUCAUGUCCUCCGGGUCAGAGUCUGGUUAGGACAACAAAUGGCGUCCAGUGUCAGUACCGACGCAAACAGUCGACGGAAGAGUAUGUCCGAAGAACACGAUGUCCAGAGGGGGAAAUCCUUACUGUUGUUGUAGACAAAUUUAUUUGUCGUCCCACAAAGCUUGACAUUGAAAGCAUCGUCUGUGAUUCCGAACAAGUGGUGGUCCAGGGUAAAACAAGUAUCAUCGAAUGUGUUUCCGAAGAACAAACUAAUCUGAUUUGUGAGUAUGGUUUGGUUCUGACUCGGACUGCGCAUGGUUACGUAUGCAGCCAAGAUGCUCAUACAGAAAUACCAAAUCACAGUAGUGUGUGUGGACCAGGAGAGGUUUUAAAAGUGGAUAGGGGAAACAGCAGGUGCGUGAGUGUGGAGGAUAAUGUGGAGCUCUGUGGACCUGGCUACGAGGUUAUGACAGCUUCGUCUGGGGAGGUAGUGUGUAGAGCUAUAGGAACAGAGUCUGAAGAGAGUGUUCGACCAUGUUCCGGUGACUGUUCAGAUUCGAAAUGUGAGGAAGGCUUGGUUCCUGGACCGGGUCAAGGAUGUUUAGAUAUACAAACUGUUCGUGAAAUGGAGUGUUUGCCAGAAUGUGCUAACGGGGGCUCCUGUGAAGGUGGCCAAUGCGUUUGCCCUCCGGGACUUUCUGGACCAGUUUGUCAUGAUGAUAUAGAUGAAUGUGCCACAUCCUCCAAUCUUUGUCAGUUUUCCUGUCGGAACACCUUUGGAAGCUUCCACUGUGCCUGUCCAAGUGGAUUCACCCUAAGUCCAGACAGAACAACGUGCAUUGAGGAACAAUGCAUUCCUGGUUGCCUCAAUGGUGGAGUAUGCAGAAAUGGGAAAUGUUGGUGUCCAGGUGGCGUCUCGGGCACCUAUUGUCAAGAAGAUAUAAAUGAAUGUGCCAAGUAUCCGAACCCCUGUGAACACCGAUGUCGUAAUACAUACGGGUCUUAUUUCUGUACCUGUCCUCCCGGAAGUCGACUGCGGAAGGAUAAGAGAACUUGUCAAAGUACCACCUGUAAUCCACCUUGUAUUAAUGGUGGUCGUUGUCAUAGCAACAGAUGCAGAUGCCCUCCUGGCUAUUAUGGAAUCAUUUGUCAACUGGAUCUGGACGAAUGUUUAUCGAAGCCAUGUCAACAUUGUGUAAACACCACUGGGAGCUAUUAUUGUAUUCAAUGACCGCUCAAAAUCCAGAAUUAAAAAGGCAAUUCAUCA